AUGAUGAACGCGAAGGAUCCAUCCGACGAGCGCAACGUCAACGCGGGUGACUGCCAUGUAGAGACGAUCCCGGGCCUCGCAAAGGACGAAAAGGAACCUGGCCCAGUUGAAAAUGGAGCCCACAACGAGGUCAUCAAAGGUGACGACUCAGAUGGCAGGCUGAAUUGGAGUGCCACGUCUAUUUUGGCAUACAUCUGUCUCACUUUCAUCUUCACCGGUUCGCAACAGCCACUGUAUUUUACAGCAGGCAGCCUUGAAUUUAUCAUCAAGGAUGUCGGCGGGAGUUCAACAGGCUCAUGGCUGCCAAUAGCAUAUACCUUGGCGGCAGCCGUUCCAAUCCCCUUUGCUGGCUACCUGCAGGAUAUCUUUGGCCGGCGCCUCAUUCUCCUCUUUGCCACUUCCUUGACCAUGGUGGGUCUGAUUAUACUGGGAACAGCUCACUCCUUUCCUCAAGCGGUUGUUGCCAUGGCGUUAUGUGGAACUGGAGCUGGCAUCGCCGAACUUGCUGCCUUCGCAGGUGUGACCGAAGUGGUUCCUGUCAAGGCACGAGGGUACAGUGUGGCCUUCAUGACGGUAGUUGCUACCCCCUUCGGCCCAUAUCCGCUUUAUUGUCAACUACUUUCAACCCGAGCAACCUGGAGAUGGGGUAUUUGGAUGGUCCUUAUUUUUCAGGGCAUUGCGCUCCUUGGGGCCGCACUUCUCUACUUUCCAUCCAAGCACUCUAGACUGGUAGGAUUGGCUCGGAAAGACGUGAUCAAAAACAUCGAUUACGUGGGAGGCUUGCUGUCGCUCGCUGGCCUAACGCUGCUGCUUGUCGCUCUUAACAAUGGUGGCUAUCUGUACCACUGGAAAAGCGCUAAGGUCUUGGUCCCACUCAUUCUCGGGAUCGUGGCCAUCGGCGCAUUUGUGGUCUGGGAGAGGUAUUUUGCAAAGGUUCCAAUAGCACCUAGAGUGCUCUUCCGAGGGUCUAUCAUUCCGAAGGCCUUCAUCAUAUCCUUUGUCGGGGGUGUGAACUUCUAUUCGCUGUCCAACUUCGCGCCCAUAUACUUCACUAACGUAUAUCAUACGGACCCUGUCACCACUGGAGCUCGAGGUAUUGGUUUGUCGCUAGGGGUCAUCUGGGGUGCCGUGCUUGGGGCCACGUUUGUUUCCCGGUUCCCAAAAUACGCAAAAUGGUGUAUUACUAUCUGUUGCGCUAUUAUGACUUCUUUCAUAGGAAGCUUAGCUGCCGGUAAUCCAAGCAACCCGGGCUAUGUAGUAGCUGCCUCUACCAUUGGAGGCCUUGCAGUGGGCGGCCUCAUUGUACCUGCCUCCACAUAUGCGACUGUUGCUUGCCCUGACGACCUGAUUGCAACGACAGUCGGCCUUAUACUAGCGUUGCGAGCGGUUGGCGGAUCCAUCGGCUUUGCAAUCUACUACAACAUUUUCAGAAACAAGCUUGAUACAAAACUUCCCACUACGAUUGCACAGUACGCCGUUCAAGCAGGUCUUCCACUCAGUUCCGCCACAGAGUUUGUCACUAAUUUCCUCACCAAUGCCACUGCGCUGGCUACAGUGCCCGGAGUCACACCAGCGAUCAUUGCUGCCGGUGCGGAAGGUAGCCGUUGGGCGUUCGCAAGUUCUCUGAAAUACAUCUUUUACACGAGCAUCCCCUUUGGUGUUAUCGCAACGGGCUGCGCCAUGUGGCUUGGGGAUAUCACACCAUUAAUGACCAACCGUAUUGUGGCCACACUAAAUCACUGA